CCAAACAGGCAAACGCACAGACUCUUCUCUCUCUCUUUUUCUCAAUUGUUGUGUAGCGUAGUAGCUGUUGUCUGCCGCAUUCCCAUUUUGAAAUCUUUCCCUACUUUCACACCUUCCUCUAUGACUCGGUCUCCCAUUCCCUUAUAACACUUCAAGGCCUCCCCUUUUCUUAUCUAUCCCUCUCUUUGUCUUCUCUUCUCUUCUCUCAUCACUUUCUGCUCUGAGAAAAAUGGCGGCCAGUUUUAGAGAAAGAAACACUGAGUUGCUUCAGGUUCCCAGGAAGUUUAAGGACAGAGAUAUCACUCCUGAGAGAACCAAAGUCUGGGUUGAACCUAAACCCAAAAACCCUACUGAGAAGAAGGUCCCUGUUGUUUAUUAUCUUUCUAGAAAUGGCCACCUAGAGCAGCCCCAUUUCAUGGAGGUCCCUCUCUCUUCCCCCGAAGGUCUCUACCUUAGAGAUGUCAUCAACCGCUUGAACAUCCUUCGAGGUAAGGGCAUGGCGAGCCUCUACUCCUGGUCUUCUAAGAGGAGCUACAAGAACGGCUUCGUUUGGCACGACUUGGCCGAAAACGAUUUCAUUUAUCCAGCCCACGGCCAGGAGUACGUCCUCAAAGGAUCAGAGCUUCUUGAUCCUUCUAUAAAUACCAACAGACCACUACUCCUCGAGACGACGUCGUCUUCUAGGUCACUGAAACCGCCAGAGAUUCACAAGUCAUCGUCCAGUGAGGACUCGGAUUUUCCAGUGAUCACGCGGCGAAGAAACCAAUCCUGGAGCUCCAUUGAUCUUAAUGAGUAUAAAGUUUAUAAAACUGAACCAUUCUCCGAGUCGACACGGAAACUCGCAGCUGACGCGUCGACUCAGACUGAUGACAAGAGGAGGAGGAGAAGAGCAGCAAAGCAAGAAGAGGAAAUUGAAGAAUUGCAAGAAGAGAAAAGUCCAGAACCGGAGGCGAACAGAGAAGAAAUUGAGAUCUCACCUCCACCAUCGGAUUCUAGUCCCGAGACAUUAGAGUCAUUGAUGAAAGCUAACGGGCGACUGAUAUUAAGCAACGGGAACAGAAAUGAGGAGAGUUUGAAUCGGACGGUGGACAACUGUGGGAGGAUGAAAGCGUCGUCGGUACUAAUGCAGCUGAUUUCUUGCGGUUCUAUCUCAUUUAGGGACUGCGGAGCCACGGCGGUGAAGGAGCAGGGCUUUUCGUUGGUCGGAAACUACAAAGGAAGGUUGCCACGUGGAGGAGGGAACCGGGAGGGGACAUCAAAAGAUUUUACGAAUUGUGGAGGGGUAAGAUUGGAAGACAAGGAAUAUUUUAGUGGUAGCUUGAUCGAGACUAAGAGAGAAGAAGUCUACGCUUUGAAGAGGUCCAACUCCUACAAUGCAGAUAGGAGCUCGCAGUUGCAAUUGGCUGGAAAGGAAGAAGACAGAGGACACACCAAGUGCAUACCAUUGAAGCCAAAGGCAACUCCAACGAAGAAAGAGAUCAACAUUAGUGUAACUGGUGAAAGUAAUGUCAAUAAUCAACUAGGAAGCAAAAGAUUCGAGAUCCAGCAAGUCGACUGAGUGUAAGAAACACUUAAUCUUUGUACAUGUAGUUAGCUUGGUACUACUUUCGAACUCUGGAACUCAAAACUAGCACAGAUUAAAAAAAGAAACAUGAAAAGGAACAGAGAGAAAUACGCUGAAAACUCGCUGAAUCUGAAGUUAAAGGUGAGAGAGUUGAGAAAUCCAAUAAAGGGGGUAGUCUCUCUUUGUCGGAGUUUGUAAAAUUUUCAUUUGAGUUUGGAGCAUUAGGCUUAUGGUCAAAUGCUUACAUGUGCCUUAAUUUCGGUGAUUAGGUGAUAAAUCCUAGUUGUUUAGAUAUAUAAUUGUUGACUCUUAAAACAUGGGAAACAGAAUUUUGUCC